AUGGCUGAAGCGCUUGGAACGGCGUCUGCCGUAUUGGGCCUUGCAAUCCUCGUCUAUGACUCUAGCCAUACACUACACGAUGCUAUUUCUAGUUUCAAAAGCCAGCGAAAAACCAUCAAAGACCUGAGAUCGGAUCUGGUCUCUCUGGAUGCUCUCCUGGUGACUAUCAAAAACCACGCCGAAAGAUCAGAAGACCCGAAAAGGCUCGAGCCUCUUCGUCAACCGUUGGAUUGCUGCUUGCAUGCAUGUCAGGAAAUGCAUGAAAAGCUCAAGACGUCUACCCGCUAUUCGACAAACGGCCAUAAUAGUCUCCGAGAUUGGUUGCAGAUGCAGUAUCAGGGAAAGAACUUUGAGCAGAUGAAACAGCGGAUCGCCAGCUAUAAAGCUACCCUCAGUAUAAGCUUCAGCUGCAUCAACUUAGAAAAUAUCUCUCGCACGCAAAGCGACAUGACUGACCUCAACGACUCGAUCACCGGCACGAAAGAAGACAUACAGGACCAGCUGGACGAUAUACAGAGAAAGAUUAGUACUUCCGACGAAUCGAUCAGGGCAGUCCUACAACAAGAUCGCGAGCACCUCCAACAAAGUCUAGACAGCCUUGCCCAAGCACAGAGGAUCGCAAAUGCUGCACCACCCAAUAUCGUCAUUGAGAGUAACAGAGUCGACACGGGGGGUUGCGCAAUCUUUGGAACAGACACACCCCAGCCACAAUUUGUAUUGAACGUAUCCAAGAACGAGGCGGGUGCCGGAGCCACGAUGAGUGCUGGUGUUCAUAGCCCAGAGACUCUCAGGGGUUUAUUGGAAAACUCGCAAGCUAAAGUGACCCUUCAAGCGCUUCAGAAUCAGUCCCAUCAUGCCAACUCUGAACAGCUUCAACCUAUCCUGCGAUAUAUGGCUGCACAGAAUAAGAAUAAUCAAUUGGAGUCUGCACCAAGACCGGCGGGUAUCGACCAACCUAUGCUUGGUUCUAUUGAAGCAAUGCAGGUAGAAGAAGAAGAACAGGUGAAGUCCUACAUUAAGUGAACUGGAUACUAUAGAAUAGUCAGUACGAGG